AUGUCUACCAACCGCCCCUUCCUGGCGAACUUUCUAGCUGCAUUUCGCGCCCAGUCAACCUACAAAGCAUCAACAGCCAGCUCUCAGUCCGCCACUGGUACAUCGCUAUCCCCCUCUCAGAUCUCGCAAGGCGCCCGGGCAAUAGCUACAAAGGCCACAUCAUCUUCGUCUUCAACAUCGUCUGCUUCCGCUUCGCCGUCUACAGGUACCGGUACCAAUUCUUCGGCAGCCUCUGAGACGCAUUCAACUUCAACGCACCACUACCACCAUCACCACCAGCCUACAAGAACGCACUCUCACUCCCGCGCCCCGCUGAACUCACACCCAAACAACGCUGCAACCGACUCCUAUGCAUCACCGUCUUCUCCGCCUACUUCCUCAACCCCUAUACCCAUCAGAAACACCCCAGACCGGGACCGCCAGCGCCGCGGAAGCGACAGUUCGAGCGGCUCAGGUGGUUUCCGGGAUGCACUUGGCCCCGAGAAAUGGUAUAUUGGGGGGAAAACUGCCGCGGGAGAGGAGCGGUUUUACCGGCUGGGAAUGGUCACCAAGGGGGGUGGACGAUUAGGGGGCAGUGGGAGGGUUGGGAGCAUUGACCAGCUGAGUCUGUGA